AUGGAUACCUCAAGAAACAUGAAAUACCUUUAUAGUUUAUCCUUGGUGAAGCUCAUAGGUCUGUACCAAAUUUUAGAUCCAAAAAAUUUUCGCAUUUAUGGAUUCAACGCAUACCACGUGGGAACUGUGUUGUCAUGUGUGUACAUUUCCGCUAUAUGUGUACCGUCUCCGUUGGGAUUAUAUCAUUGGUCCAACGACUUGAACGCGUUCGUUUUUUACUUCGGAUUAGUGGGAAACUUUGUGUUAACCGUGUUCAAAAUGAUCAAUAUCGUGUACUAUUCAGAAGACAUACGUAAAUGCGUUGAAAUCGCCAGAUUUGGAUUCAUAUCGUCGUACCAACACUACAAUAUGAAAAUAUUCAAAAAAUGGCAGAAAUGGUUAACACGGGUUUCUUUCGUGUAUGUCAUGACAGUCUCCUCCUUAAUAGUGGUGUGGUUAAUAAGUCCAUGGGUGCUCAAUAAGACCAUGGUCAAAAUAAAAAACGUUGACGGCUCGUACAGUGAAUACCGAAUGAACAUUUACAAUAUGUAUCUGAUGGUAACACCACAGAUGUAUAACGAACACUACAUGCUGUUUUACGCUAUUGAAGCCAUCCUGCUCGUUUCUUUCAUUUAUUUUCAGAUAGUGUUCGAUAUAAUUUUGAUUAUCAUAUGUUCCGCCUUAACGUGUCAAUUGGAGAUAAUUUGUGAUGCAGUCCAAACGCUAGGGUAUAAAAGGUGUCAGAUCGGUAACGACAACGGUAAGUACAUAUUAUGUAUUAACAUAUUAUGUUUUUGUUCAAUUUAGUGGAAUAAAUAAAUAAUUAGACAUGAAUACCUAAUAUAUAAGCACUAUAUUUAGUCUAUUGGCCAAUUGACCUAAGAAAACUAUAGACUCACCUGAAUCAGCUGAAUUCUAGACUACUAGCGCCAAAUAAAUUAACAUAGUUCGUUGCUAUAUGUGACGAGGCUAUAAAGACGUUAUGCAGCCUUAAAUAUAAUAUAGAUGCCUAUAGACUAUAGUGAGAAAAAAUGUAAAUAAAUUUAAUGUAUGCAAAUAGGCAACUUAAACUCAUUUAAUCACAAAAGUUAUAAAAACAUUAAAACCAAAAUAUUAAAAUAUCAGCUAUAUCUAUUUAUUAAUUAUCUAUUUCAUAAUAUCUAAUCGCCGUUUACGUAAAAAGUUUUCAAUUAUUUUGCGGAUCACAUAUUUUGAUUUUUCAGCGUAUUUAUACCAUAAAUUAAGGUGUAACAAAUAGUAUUAUUAUCUUUGACUAUUUUAUAACGAAUGUUAUUGCGUUUUAUAAUUACAUAGAUAUGGAAAAAAAUGUCAUGAGAUCAAAAGCCACACAUAAAAAGGCAAAUGAUUUAAUAAACAUAAUUACUGACCACCAGAGUGUAAUAAAGUGAGUUAUAAUUGUUCUUAAUAAACACUUUACGAACAUUAAUUUUGUAUUUUACGUAUCGAUAUUUCAUAUUUUUUAUUUACACAUUAAAUUGUACGGGAUUUAUAUUAUUAUUUUUUUUAUUUUUAUAGGAAAUUGAACGAUUUUUACAAUAUUUUCCGUGUUAUGAUUUUGCCGCAGAUAUUAAUGGUGUCCAAUACACAUAUACAAAUUUGGUUCAUUGCGUCAAUGGUAUAAAACAUAAUUAAAUGAUCUUUGAAUUUUUUUUGCAGUGCUCGAAGCGGAAAAUUAAUAUAUGAGAGACAAUAAGACUCAAAAAAAAUUGUUUACAGUUACUGAAAUUAAUAUGAAUUUUAGACGUUUCUCUCCCACAUGUCCUUUACAUUACUUUUCUAAUAUUAUUCGAUGUGUAUUAGUUAAUAUAACACAAUCAAUAGUUUGUAUAAUCCUUACCAACUUUAUAAAUAUUAACAUUGAUAAUAAAUAUUUUAUUUAUAUCUAUGUUAGUUAUUAGACUCUAAGCUUAGAUAGAAUUCAAGCUAUUUAAUUCUACACUAAAAUCCAUAUUAGCCCGUCAAAAAAUCUAUAGUUUGAAAGAAAACAAUGCUGAUUUUUUAUUUUGUACUUUACAAAAUUCAAAUUAUUCACUUGAUGGAAUUUACCAAAUUACUGCUAUAUUUGAAACGAAAUGGAAGAUAACCAACACGUUCUCUUAAGAUAUAAAAAACCUUGAAAGUAAAUAUCCAUUUAAUUAAUAUUAUUUUUGUUGAAUUAUGUGUUAUAAGGCAAACACUUAUCUGUAAUUCACUAUUUUUAUAAUCAAAGUUAUUUAAGAUUUCAAUCGUUCAAUAAUCGUUAUUUAUUCAGUAGAAACUAAAUUUUCAUAUAUUCUAUAUUUUUUAAAUUAUAUUAUUAAAAACAAUGGCCUACUUACGAUGCAAAGUUUAUCUGACUGUUUACAUACUUAUAUGAUUUUUGUAAAAUUGUUUGUUUUAUCGUAAAAUAAUGUUAAUGCGUUUAGAUUUGCAUUAAAUUAUAUAUCUAUUAUCAUAUAAGAACAUAAGUGUAAAACAGAAUAUACAAUAAUAAUGAUUAUGUUUUAUAACUGAAAAAUAAAUAUAAUAAAAGAUUAAUAUAUAUUGUUCUGGUAUAUAUCUGAGUUGAUGAUACAUGUUUGUGAAUUGUAUAGCCAUAAUUGGUGUUCUAUGGGUUGUUAAAUAAUCUAUGCUUAAAUAUCAAAGUUUAUCGUUUAACGUGAGUUACCUAUACGUUUUCAGAAUUUUAUGGUCUCUGGAGAUGAAACGGGCAAUUCGAUACUCUCCAUAAAGCUGUUCAGUGCCCUCCCCAUGUUUACAUUUCAAUUAUUCAUGACCUGUUAUCUGUUCGGGACUAUAAACGAAAAAGUGAUUAUGAUUUUUUUUCUUUCUUAAAUUAUUUUUUUCCCUGCCAAAAAAAUAAUAAUGAAUAUUACGUACGACGUAUUUUUUUUUAAUCAAUACUUAAUAAUAUUAUAAUCCAUAAUAAUAAUAAUACUAUUAAGUACGCCAUACUUGUGAUUUGAAUAAUAUGUUAAAUUCAGUUAUGGUCUAAUUAAGUGUCUCUAUGACUUUAUUAGUCAUAUUCAAUAAAUCAAUAAAUUAGAUCCUAGUAAAUUUUUCAUUAAAAAUAGGCAGAAAAUUAUUAAAUAGAUUUAGAAAUAUAAGUAAUCGGUUAACUGAUCUUUAUAGACUUAUGUUCAAAUUCAAUUCAUAUCCAACAGUGUAAUUAAUUAUUACAUUCAUUUGAUUAUAAUAUGAAAAAAAUAGCGAAAAAAUUAUGCCCUUUUUAAACAUAGGGUAGCGUAGUUAUUAAUCGGGUAUCAUAUGCUACUCUUCACUAACCCAUAAUGACGCCACGAUAUAAACAAUAAUAAGGGUAUAUAACUUAUCGAUUUUUAAUGAUUUGCAGAAGGACUCUAUAAUUUUCGCGUUAUACAGCAGUAAUUGGACAGAAAUGGACGUGGAAACUAAAAAGCAGAUUAUGUUUGCGAUGAAAAUGAAUAACACUAAUAAUUCAAAAAUGAAAUUUACCUUAACCAAAAUCGUUAAUUUGGAAAUGUUUACUAGCGUACGUAAUUAGGUUUCCAUAAAUGUAGUUUCUGUUUUUUUACGUUGUAUAAGUAGACGAAAACAAUUAUUAAUUGUGGAAUGGUGUCAAGUAAGUAUUUUGGCAGCAGUUUUUAGGUUACGCUCAUUGAGAAAAACCCACACAAAACGACCACUAAUUGUCUAUAGAUUCCGUAGAAUUGAUUAUUUUCGAUUUGAUUUGUAGAUUUUUUUUUCUUUUAAAGCAAAAGGUCCGUGACACAAAUACAUAUUAUUAGAUGAUAUAGUUAAAAAAUGUUUGCUAUAAGGGAUAAUUUUCUAUCGAUUAAAUAAAAAUAAAAAAUUACCAUGCUGAUUGUAAAACGACAAUGCCUGUUAUAAUUAUGUGAAUACAUUUAUUGAUUUUUGUAGCAUAUAGUUUAGAUAACUUUUAAUCGUUUACGAAUCUAUCGAAAUGAUCAUUCGUAUUCAUACUAUCGUUAUAAUUAUUAUAUUAUUGUUUUUACCAUUCCGUUUAUUUUUCAGAUGAUGCGCAUGUGUUAUUCGAUAUUUUCAAUGUUGGUAAACUACAACAGAAAUAAAACGGAAUAG